AUGGCUCUGACGACCCUAACAUUCGACCACCAGGAGCUGCUGAAGUGCAGCAUCCCUAUCUGGCCAACACAGCUUCGGCGAUACACUGAAACGGCACUACUGGAAUCUUUAGGUCGUGAUUAUAUGGUGCAGGAGAUGCAAACCGAUUUUCCUCAGUUCAUCUUUCCCGUUUCUGACAGCAACAAUUUGACAGCAGGGUCGAUAGGCGUGAAACACAGGACAUACACCAAAAUGAACCUCCGGACUUGUUCGGACGAGCAGCUCCAGAGGCUCAAAUCUUGGAUUAACGCAUCUAGAGCUAAAUUACGUGGAAACUCGUGGUUUUUAGUCGUUGAACAGAUGUCAGUAAGAGGCAAGGAGAUCUAUCCGUAUUACUACGUGGUACCGGAGAAACGCAUUAUUACCUGGCUAGAGCCAGUAGAUGGUUAUCUUCUUUUCCAGGAAUGCAUGGCAGCGUGGCAUUGGAACCACAAAAGUACAUUAUUUUUUCGUGUUAUCCUUCUUAAAAUUGAUCUUGCAGGACUCGAGCUUGAGGCUCAAUUCUGGAAACAUAUCGAAUAUUUUCCAGUCAAGAUCAUAAUCAGUCGCGAGGAAGUAAGAGCUUUACAGGCUCAAUUAAACUGGUAUCAAGCGUUGGCGUUGGAAAGAUCUACAGCGGCUUCACUAUUCUGGAAUCUGGAUCAAAUGAAGGAGAUGGCCUCUGAGCUGGCCAUUGCUGUGGAACUCGCAGGACCUGAUGGGGUCGCGGAUGCACCAGGUGUCGCAAUCUGUGACGAGAUCAAACUGAACAGUCAAGAAGGGCAUCAUGAAUACUUGAAUCACUACGGCCAACCCGAAGCUCGCUUGAUGCGAACGCACUCACUAGGCGAGCGACAUGGAAAUCUAGAGAACUCUCGUGUCAUGACUGGCGUUUCAGUCACAAUGCUCUGGAUUCCGAUAAUGGUACUUAAACGUCUUCAGAGUAUCUACGUCGAUGGUCUCGUAAGUGGGGUGGACAUCAAGAAAUUCACGGACGAUUUCAACGCACAGGCUAAAGCCCAGACAACCGUGGCAAGCGUUAUCAUGGCAGUCGAUGCCAGCAUUCUGGCCAUCCCAGGUCUGGGUUCACAACUCGCUACAAAGGCGUUGUGUUCCGUCUCAUUCAUCCUCAGUGUUUACUGCAUUGUCGCAUGUACGAUAGCACAACAGUUCAGCUCCAGAAUGAGAUCCCUGGACUUUGCGGUAUACUACAUGCAAGGAAAAAUGAUCAAUCUUGUGAUCCUUGCGAGCAUACCAAGCUUUAUGUAUCUGAUGAGUUUGGCAUUUUCUAUUCUUGGAUUCCUCGCAGGUAUCUUCACGAUUGAAUUUGGGCUAGACGUAUCUGCAAAGAUCGGAUGUGUGUUGGCCUUCAUUGUCGGGGCAAGCUUCACGAUUCCAUUAGUGAUCGCCAGUUUUGGUCCCGGACUAAUUCGAUAA